GGAAGAUGCCAUGCCACCAUGUCUUAAGCCUCUCUAUCUACAUAGAUUCCCACUUCAAUUCAAUCCACUUGUUCAAACCUUUUGUAGGUUUACGACUUUUGGUUCAGGCAUUUCCACAAACACAUACCAGACAUGGCCAACGACGACGAAUCUGCAGUCACCAUUUACAGCAACACAACUGUAUCUAAUCUAGGCAACAAGAAAGAUCAGAAUCCCUUUUCAGUCAAGGUUGGAUUAGCUCAAAGGCUCAGUGGCGGUGCAAUCAUCCACGUCACAGACGUUGACCAAGCCAAGAUCGCUGAAUCCGCCGGAGCUUCUUGUGUGAUUGUAUCAAACCCAUCACCACCUACCUCCGCCAUUUCACGGAUGCUCGAUCCAGCUGUUAUCAAACAAAUCCAAGAGUCUGUUCCGAUUCCGGUAAUGGCGAAAGCCCGAGUCGGCCAUUUCGUUGAAGCCCAGAUACUCGAAGCGGUUGGCGUCGAUUACAUUGACGAAAACGAGCUUCUUGCAGCAGCCGAUGACAGCAACUUCAUCAACAAACAUAACUUUCGAGUCCCUUUCGUCUGCGGCUGUCGCGAUUUGGGAGAGGGAUUGAGGAGAGUACGAGAAGGUGCAGCCAUGAUUAGAACUCAAGGUGAUCAAUCUGGAUCAGGAAACAUUGUUGACACAGUUCGAAAUGUGAGGGAACUAAUGGGGAAAGUUAGGGUUCUAACAAACAUGGAUGAAGAUGAAAUCUUCACAUUUGCAAAAGAAUUGGGUGCACCUUAUGACAUUUUGGCUCAAACUAAACAAAUGGGUAGGCUUCCAGUAGUGCAUUUUGCUUCUGGAGGUAUUUUAACACCUGCUGAUGCUGCAUUGAUGAUGCAAUUGGGUUGUGAUGGAGUGUUCAUAGAUUCUGCAAUUUUCAACUGUUCAGAUCCUUAUAAACAUGUUAGAGCAAUUGUGCAGGCUGUUAGAAACUAUAAUGAUGCUCAUAUGUUGGCAGAAGCUGUGAAUUGAAUGGUGGAAUUUG